AUGGAAUCAAGCUCAAGCACCGCCGGGGCUGCCGGUGCCAUUCGCAAGAAUAAGGCAAUCGCAAAGCGGGCCUGCGACCAAUGCAAGUUCCGGAAGAUCAAGUGUAGUCUGUCGCAGCCAUGCAAGGCCUGCCAAUCCAUGGGCUUUGAAUGUACAUUUUUUCAACCUCAGAAGAAGCGCGGACCAACGGGGCAUCGCGUAUCGCAAAUCCGCCAACAGCAAACUCAUCUGGGCGAAGAGGCUGUGCCAAAGCAAAAUGCGUUCCAAUAUCAGAGUCCGACGCCCUCCGUGGAGCCCGGACAGCCCGGCCCUUUGCCCGCACCGUGGCCGUCGGCGCAUGGCCCAGUCACGAUGCCACUAGAGGGCGCUGUCGGGCUGGCACCAUCAGCACCCCCGUCAAUGGGGACAGCCUGGGGUGCGGAAACCCCGUCCCUGGAUUCUCACAGUAACAGCGCAAUGAGCUGGAAUGAACGCAAUGACGUCGAGUAUUGGCUUCCAGAUAAUCUGGAUUCCCAAGUCCCAGUGUUCGAAUUCCCAGGAAGCAAUGUCUAUCUCAAACCAUCUCUCCCAUCGAUCAUCCAGCCGGUUCCGGAUGCGCAGGCGAUGGGAAUGCCUCCACAGGAGGCUCAAAAUAUGCCCUUCUCACCGACCGUCGGGUCCAUGCAUUCCGAUAACCAGGACGACGCCUCCUGGCCAUCAACGAUCAGUGAAGCCAACAUGAUCCCUUGGAUAGACGUCUAUUUUGAUCGGUUACACCCGACCUUACCCGUUCUCAACCGAUCCGGCUUGUACACUUCCAUGCUGACCCAGGAGCAUCGCAAGAAUCCUCAGUUCGGGGCGAUGCUCUUGUCACUAUGUGCGUUCUCGCUCACGCAGCCGAUUGAGAUUAAUGAGCGGCCGACGACUUCAUCUCGGGCUCUUCAGGCUCGGGCUAUGAUGCACGAGGCGACUAAGAUGCGGAGCUGUUCUGAUUUUGGCGAGAAUCCCACUAUUGAGGCUGUAUUGACCAGCUUUUUUCUUUUUGGUUGUUUGUUUGGAAGUAAUCAGCAUAAUGCUGCUUGGUUGCGGAUACGGGAAGCUCUCGACCUGGCAGCUUCGCUGGGGUUGAAUGAUCCUGAUUCAUAUCAUGAGUUGUCUGGAGAAGAUAAGGGCCAGAGACUACGGACAUAUCUCGUUCUUUCCAUCACAGAAAGAGCAUAUGCCUUGCAACGACGGCAUCCAAUAACUUUCUGGGGUAAACCAGGGUUCACCAUGCGAUCAGUGCAUGACUUCAUCCACAGUGCCACGCACAGCGUUGUCUCCGGGAUUAUUGUCCACAACGAGAAAGAUGCGGAAGGAAUGAUGGGACUAGCACGAAUGAUGGAACUAUUCGACGCCAUAGACGAAGAUGUUAUCGACUGCUGGAACCGACGAUGCGACAUCACCAACGGGUACUGCCAGAGACUUACAGAAGCGAAAGCUCUAUCGAUUCACCAAAAUCUCAGUCGAAUCAACCAAGCCGAACGAUAUAGAGGCUAUGACUGGUUUGAACGAGCCAAGGGUGGCCGCGGCGAAACCAACAAUGUUCUCCUUGCCAUGGGACUGCGUGAGACCCAAGCCGCCGACGUCUUUAUUACCCAGAAAUGGCUCCAGAAUCGCGUCUGGCUCCUCUCUUCAACGCACGGUCUUUUGAGUAUUCACUCAGAACGGCCCGAAAUGACUUUCGGGUAUGCUGUUACUGUUGCUGAAUCAACUCUCCAGCUGUGCCAGUCAUUACGCCUCAGCUCCAUGGAAGCCCAUGGUAUUGGUCUGACUGAGAAACUGUACGAUAUCGCCAUCUGCGCAACAAACAUCCUAUGCAACACCAGUCCGCCUUACGGUGGUACCAACAUACCAGUGAACUUCACCGAGAACAUCGCCCCGGCUACAACGGCGACGCCACAGUCGCUGGCAGAGGACUUUCUGCUACUGAUGACCAGCUUCCGUGGGGGUAAUCAUCCUUAUCUGGAGAAAUAUAGAGCUCACCUACGCUCUCUGCAGAUCAUGGAGGCUAAGACUCAGGAGUGGCCUCAGCGGUGA